AUGACAGAAAGAGCUAUUGAUGACAUGACAAGUUUCGUUAAUCAAUACAAUUUGGAAAUAUUGUCUAAAAUGGGUGAGGGUGGUUUUGGUUGUGUGUAUAAGGCUAGAGAUAUAACCAAUGAGCAAGAAUAUGCAGUCAAACAAAUUAAGUUACCAAUUGAUAAGCAGAAUAUUAAUUGUCGGCAAUUGGAUCAGUUUGUAGCAGAAAUGGAUUGCUUAAAGAAUUUGGACUCAAAAUAUGUGGUCCAAUAUAUCAGCGCAACCAUUGGUCAUGAAAAUUAUUAUUACAUAAUAAUGGAGUUGUGUUCCGAUAGUCUUACGAAAAUUCUUGAACACAAACCACAAGUAUUUCACCGAAAACCUAAAGAACUCAUGAAUUCAAUCGAGUUUUACAUUUCGUGUCAUAUAUUCAAAGAGCUCUUAGAGUGCGUCCAGUAUUUGCAUGAAUUGGAUCCACCGGUCAUUCACCGGGACCUCAAACCCGACAAUAUAUUAGUGGCACUAAAUGUCAGAAAUGGCAGGUAUUUUAAACUGGGUGACUUUGGUUUGGCGACAGUACACGACCGGAAUAUCCAUUCAAUGACUAAUAAUAAGCAUACGGGAGAUGUCGGGGAUACUGGAUAUCAGGCGCCAGAAGUGGUUUUUAAUGAAAAAUAUGACCACAGGGUAGACAUCUAUAGUCUGUCCAAAAUCGGUGAAAAAAUCUUUGGUUUGAAUUUCAAUGACAAACUCACUAAUAACGAGGUUAUACGUAAACGUGUGGUUAAAUUACAAGACUUACUGCAAUCCAUGUCAUACUAUAACUGGGAUCACCCGCACAAACCCGGCCCUCACUGGAAAGACAGACCCGAUUGCUCACAAGUUUUAUCCGAAUAUAACUUAUGGUCUAUUCAUAAGAGUUAUAUUGAAAGCGAUUUGAUGGACAACUUUAUUUCAUCGGCA